AUGUUUACAGACACAAUUUCCUUCUCCCCCUCCACCCUCCCAUCGAACUACUCACCUCCCCCGCGAGCCCAGCAGAUCCCCCCUCGCGAUGCAGAUAUCAUCAUCGUAGGCGGCGGCGUAGCCGGGUGUUCUGCGGCGGUGGCAUUCGGGAAACAAGGCCGGCGGGUGCUUCUGUUUGAAAAGAGCCUGAAAGAGCCGGACAGAGUGUCGGGGGAGCUGCUUCAGCCGGGGGGUGUAAAGGCCCUGAACAGACUGGGGUUGGGCACCUGCCUCGAAGGCAUCGACGCCGUGCCCUGCUACGGCUACUGGGUCUCGUACAAGGGUGAAUCCGCCCAGAUCCCCUAUCCCGAGAGGGCGGAUAGGCCUGGGACCCGCGAGGAGGGCCGCUCGUUUCGGCACGGCAAGUUCGUGCAGAAGCUGCGGCAGGAGGCGAUGAACACGGCGAAUGUCACCGUCAUCGAAAGCAAAGUCAAGGACGUGAUCCGCGACUGGACGGGGGCUAGGGUGCUGGGAGUGAUCACAGAGGCAGCGAGCGGAGAGAGAAAGUAUCGCCACUUUUUCGCCAGCCUGGUCCUGAUCUCCGACGGCUACGCGUCGACAUUCCGCAAGAGAUUCCUCCCGAAUAAACCGUCGAUUCGAUCCAAGUUCUGGGCGCUCAAGCUCGAACGCGCCGAGCUUCCCUGCUCAAACUACGGCCACGUCGUGUUGUCGAACCACCCGCCCAUCCUCCUGUACAAGAUCGACGACACCACGACCCGCAUCUUCAUCGACGUGCCGACCGGCCUGCCGUCGGCGAGCCCCAAGGCCGGCGGCAUACGGGCACACAUGCUGAACGUGGUGCUGCCGGUGCUCCCGCCGCGCUGUCAGCAGAGCUUUCGCGAAGCUGUGGACCGGGGGAAGUUUCUCAGCAUGCCGAACUGCUACCUGGCGGACUCGGAGCAGACGACCCCGGCGUUGCUGAUUCUGGGCGACGCCAUGAACAUGCGCCAUCCGCUGACCGGGGCGGGCAUGACGGUCGCAUUGAAGGACGUUCUCCUCAUCUCGGAGCUGCUGUCGCCGGAGAAUGUGCCCUCGCUCGAGGAUACAGACGCCGUGCUGAAGGUGGUUAAGAAGUUCCACUGGGUGCGCAAGUCCAGCGCCAGCGUCAUCAACAUCCUCGCCAUGUCGCUGUAUCCGAUCUGCGCGGCGAACGACCCGACGCUGAACGUGCUCAAGAACGGCUUGUUCCGGUACUUCCAGCGCGGCGGGCGGGCGGUCGAGGAGUCGUGCGGGAUGCUGGCUGGGCUGGUUGAUAACCUGGCGGUCUUGGAGAAGCAUGUGCUCGCCGUGCUGUUUUAUUCCAUCUGGCUGCGACUGUGCGAGGUGCCGCUGUGGAAGAAGCCGUGGGUUCUGGGCGUGGAAGCGUUUGUGGUGUUGUGGCAGACGAUUGUGCUGCUGGGGCCGUAUCUGGACUGGGAGAUUCGGGGGUAG